AUGACAUUCCUCCCCAAGCAUGUCUGCCUUCUGCGCUCAUUUGUCAUUUUCGUUCUAAUCGCUUCGUUCUCAUCCGCAUGGCCUGACUGUGGCAAUGGCCACGCUAGGUGUCACUAUGAAGAGGGCCAGACACUAAUGAGGCAGGUAUGCAAGGGGAACAGGUGGCACACUGUUGAAUGCUGCGAAGACUGCAGGGAUUUCGAAGGGGUCAGCCAGGCAGAGGCCGAAUGCCUCAGGCCGUAUAGCUUGCAGAACGACAAAUGUCCAGCCAGUGAACUGGGUGGGAAGUGCUGGAAGAGCUCAGGCUGCUUAGGCCAUGUACCCUGCGUCAAAAACCAAUGCCAAAAGAGCUCUGGAGACCUCAAAGCUUCGUGCGAGCCUGGAAAAGAGCACUGCUACGGCCACUAUGAGUGCUUUGCGAAAGAAAAAAAAUGCUUAUACCCAUUUCGUGGGGAGUGUCUAUCCAACGACUGUGGAACGCCUGAAGAACUUGGACCUGAUACGACGGUUCAGUGUAAGAACGAUCCAUACGGCCGUCACAAGACCAGGUGUCUCCCGGUUCUCGCUCCAAAUGGAAAAUGUGUAUCUGGCUUAGACUGCCUUCGAGGAGAUUGCAAAGACGGCAUCUGCACCGGUGAAGGCAUUCCGGAUGGUGAAGAAUGUAACCCUAGCAAUCCACAGUGCCGCAAGGGCUCAACCUGUAAUCCUCAAUAUGAGGUAUCGGGCAUCAGGCGAACUUUGUGUGGACCGACACUUCACAAACCUUGUGAUCCUGCAGAAAAGGACGACUGUGGGAAAGGGUUUCAAUGCUCGCGGAACGGAGAAUGUCUCUACGCUUUGAGGGCAGACUGUAUCCAGGAUGCAUGCAGCCAGCCCCUCAGCUUGAGUGCCAAUGCCACUGCGAAGUGCAUUAACAAUCCCUUUCACUAUACCCCUCCUAAAUUAUGCAUACCCAUACUUACCCCGGGCUCACCUUGUGAAAGCAACGAUGACUGCCAGAAGGGCGUCUGUACGAAUGGUAGAUGUCCAGAGAACCGCCAAUUGUUGGGCGAGGAAUGCGAUCCAGGCCAAGAUAGGUGUGCUUACAGAACAAGAUGCGAGGAGGAUAAAACCAAAGCGGGUGGAAAUCAAGAAGACGAAGGUGGAGACGAGCUUCGUUCCUUGCUAAAAGACAAGAGUGCCAUAAGAAGGGAAGAUGGUUCUAUUAAGUAUCAUUGCAGAUGGUAUAAUUACUAA